UCUCUCUCUCUCUCUCUCUCUCUCUCUCUCUCUCUCUCUGAGUUUGUUUUUCCCACACAAAAGGAAGAAGAAAAUGGCUGAGAAGGAAGUGAAGUCAAUUGGGUCUGUGAAAGAUGUGAGGAAGGAAAUGAAUAGAGGAGCAUGGACAGCAGAAGAAGAUAGAAAACUGGCUGAGGUUAUUGAAGUCCAUGGUGCCAAGAGGUGGAAGAUGAUUGCAACCACAGCAGGUUUGAAUCGGUGUGGGAAGAGUUGCAGGCUUCGAUGGAUGAAUUAUCUAAGACCCAACAUCAAGAGAGGCAACAUAUCAGACCAGGAAGAGGACUUGAUACUCAGGCUUCACAAACUCUUGGGAAAUAGGUGGUCUUUGAUUGCUGGAAGAUUGCCAGGUCGAACAGAUAAUGAGAUAAAGAACUACUGGAAUUCUCAUUUGAGCAAGAAAAUAAAGCAGGAGAAGCAAAGUGGAGGUUCAACAAGAGGCUGCUCCAAACUUCAGAGAACAAGAGUGGUAGAGGAGGUGAAUGUUGCAGAGGUGAAACGAGAGGACACCUCUAAUGGAGGUGAUCAAUGCUCGAAAGUGAACUUCAAUGUCGACGAAUUCUUUGAUUUCUCCGAGGAGGGUCCUCUGAACUUAGAGUGGGUGAGCCAAUUCCUUGAACUGGAUGAGGGCUUAUGCCAUCCUUCAUAAACUGUAAAGACUUUGUUAUCUCUCCAUGGAAGUCAGGCAACAGGAAAGAAGAAGUAGAAAACUAUGGGCACCGAUCCAAGACAAUUGAACAGAUGGAAACAGAUGAACAGAAGGGGUUUAAGGACUGCAGUUUUGGCCUGUAGUUCUCACAUAGUUAAGAAGAGAUUCCUUUUCUUUCUGGGCAAGGGGCAAAGAUGACAAAGAGGUGUAAUAAAAGAAGAAAGCUUGUCACCAUUGUUGUGGACAUAUAGGUUAAAAUACUUAUAUCAUGAUGAUAAGACAAAAAGCAAGGAAGUAUUGAAAUAUACAGAGAUUAUCUAGGAAA